UUUAUAAGUAUGAUUUUAAUGAUGUUUCCUUUUUGUUCUCUGGGUUGAGGAUUGUUGAUGAUUGUACGUAUUUCCUUGUAUUUAUUUGUCCAUACCUUCCCAUGAUGAACCAGGUAUAAAUGUCCCCUUUUAUCAAGCACGUCGUCAAGGGUGUGUGUGAGGGUGGGGGAAAGGAGAGCAGGAAAAGAUGGUGAUGAUUAUCAGUAAGCACAAGAGGCAGGGCCUACGAAACACUCGGCUAUGUAGUCUAUUUUUUUUUUUUUUUUAAUUUGACCAAUGGGGCAGUAAAUUAGCAAGGGCAAUGAGUACCCCCAUUAGCUUCCUUGUCAUCAUGCUGCUGGCCAAGGUGUCUAGAGGUUAAAUUCCAUAAUCCUUUGGCCUGAGUUUGUAGAGGAGAACGCCAUGUUUCUAAGCGACUGAGAUUGGGCAAGUCCCCCAUAUGCAAGUUUUCUGUGGCGAGAACAGCUGACUUUGAAAUCAUCUACGCAUGUAGAUUUUAACAUUUGUAGUAGCUUUCUAUGUUGUCUAUAUAUUCUACCGUUUUAUAUUUAUAAAUGCGAUAUUUUUUUCUUUACAAGACACCAAAUAUGAAAGGUUUUGUCUUUACAUAAGUCUACUGCGUACUGCUGUCACUGUCCACCUGAACAGACCUUUGGGAGAUCAAAUUGCCUUGGUUUAGUUACGGGCAUUAUUGGCGAGCCUCUGUGUGGUGUUGAAGCAAACAAGAGGUCUGUAGGGUCACGUAAGGGUGAGCGUCACGUAAUGGAGGGUUGGGUAAGCGCCCCGUACAGUCGGCGGACACAGCGGCGCGGCCACCAGCUGAUAGCCAGGCAGGCGACCGUCAACACAGCCGGCUAUGCACGUAAUAUCUGGUGCCGCGGCCGUGUUAUCGCCUCUCCCUGGCCGUGCUGGAGGCUGCCGCCCGUCGUAAGGCUGCCGGGUGAAAGUGAGCGAGCAGCGAGGAAAAUUUCUCCUCAGUAGUGGUGACGUGCAGCAGCUCGGCGAGGCCACGCCAGCCUGACCUAGUGACGGUGUGGGCGUGCCUGGCCGAGCCCCCAGGGGCACCAGUGUUCCCUGCCGUGCCUGGCGUCAUGUGGGUGGCGGGGUGAGGCCAGCGCCUCAUGAUGGCUGGGAUGGGGGGACGGGUGCCCGCCGCCGCCCUGAGGGGCCGUGCGGCCCUACCCAGCCUGGCCCGGGGGCUGCACGGCUCGCUGGGGCUGGGGAAGGAGUCGGACAAGAGCAUCGGCAGCACCACCGUCCUCAUGCAGGACGGCACCAACAUCGAGGAGCUGCCGGCGGUGGUACGCAUCAUCAAUGGGGAGUUCCGCCUGGUGGAGAGCAGCCAGGCGGGCCGGCGGCUGGGGGGGCUGGGCCUGGAGGUGCCCAUGGUGUCCAGGAAGCUGUUCAAGAAUAUCAACUUUGAGGAGGAGCAGGAGAUGAUCCUGGGGUUCAUGCGGUGCAGCCAGGUGUCGGAGGUGCUGCAGCUGCUGGAGGUGUGCCCCGAGGCAGAGGUGACGCCCGCCGUGGCCCUGGCCGUCAUACGCCGCAUCUUUGACCUGGAGAACAAUAUGGGCUACAGGAACCAGGGCCUGAACCAGUACCCCGAGGAGAGCCAGUUCACCUUCACGCGCGGCGCCGUGAUGAAGCGGCUGGUGGAGACUGUGUGCGGUGGCUCAGACCCCCAGGUGCUGGUGGAGGCACUGAGGGCAAUGGGCCGGGACACCUACCAGGGUGACCGCCUCAAGUACCUGGAAACGUUGUGCACUGAGUGCAUGCUGGCUGUCACAGAGGGCCGCCUCACCAUUAGCCAGAUCUGUGAGGCAGCCCGGGCAUUCCACAGUCUGGGGCUUGAAGGGGUUGGCUACCUGGACCAGCUCUGGCAGGGUCUGACAGACAGGACAGCAGAGGUGGGGGAGCGGGAGGUGUGCGAGGUGAUGAGCGUUCUGCCGCUGGUCAAGAAGAGCCGCAAACACAUCUACAACAUGGUGGAGAGGAAGGUCGGCGGCCUGUGGCACCGCCUUGGGUCUGAGGACAUUAUCCGGAUGCUGCAGAUCCUGGUGCAGCUGAAGAUAAGCCACAGUCGGAUGCUGCCAAUGUUCUCCCGCUGGACCAGCCUCAACAUCCACACCCUGACGGAGGGCAACCUGCGCUGGCUGGUCUAUUCCUUCAUGAGCCUCAACUACUGUGACUCUGAGAUUCAGAAGGCUCUUGGGCGGUUCAUGAAGGCCAAGAAGACGUUGGUGAAGGACCCGAGCCUGGUGGCAGUGGUGCUGGACUACUGCGUCAAGAUGCGCCUCCGCAUCCCUAACGUCCUCGAUCCUGCGGCUCACUUCUUCUGCACUCGUGCCACAGACCUCUCAGUGCCCCAGGUCAACAGCAUCUGCCGCGCCUAUGGGCUGCUCAACUAUGAGCCGCCCAAAGCCUCUGCCUUCUUUCUCACCCUGGAGCAGCUGCUGGACGAGAAGUUUGUACAGUUUCCGCCGGACCUGAUGAUUGACUUGCUGCUCUCCUGCGUCUACCUGAAGAGGUACCCCCUCAACUUCAUCAAGAAGGUCUUCAACCCCUACUUCUUUGACAAGGUUCAUUCCCUGGAGCAGCCAGAGAUGCAGGUGGCACGAACCAAACUCAUGGUGCUGGACAAGGCACUGUGUCUGGAGGCACCACACUACCCAGGGCCACUGCUGCCCAGGGAUCACUCUGCCAAGAGCUUUUGGAGGGACGCACGCAUCCAUCGCUGCCUCAACAUGGUCUACACAACCCUGGUGGAGAUUGUGGGCAGCGAGGAGCGCAUCACACGCUCGGCUAUCCUCCCCAACUUCCCCGGGACAGAGAUGUACGUGGUGGACUGUGUGGUGGACAUGGCUGGCCGCCUCUCCCUGAAGUCCUUCCGCUGGAGCAACAACAAGUACGCCCUGCUGGUGCACCCUCCGGAACACUUCAUAGUGGGGGAGGACACACUGGUGGGCCCCCAGGCCAUGCGGGUGCGGCACCUGGCACACUAUGGGUUCAAGGUGGUCAGCCUCAGGACGGACAGGAUCACCAAGCUGCGCAUGUACCCGGACCAACUCAGGAGCUACCUGGAGACCAUGAUGCAGGCAGCCACCACAGCCUAGUCUGUCGAUUCUCUAAAGUGCAUAUAUUCUUAUCUAGAACAAUAAUAUGACCGAUACUUUGUUGUGAGUAGCUACUUAAAAAUUAUAGAAGGGUU